AUAUUUAUAAUAUCUAUGUACAUUAUUUCACGACUUUUUUAUUGUAUCUUAUUUCUUUCCAGCCAUACUCUCAUACGUGUCUACCCUUGGAACGACGAACAAGUUCAACGCCUUAUUGGAUUUAAUGAUCCUGAUAACCAAAUUGAAAUCCUAAAGGCUACCAGAGGUUUCAACGACAGUUCCGACCUCCUGGUGCCGCCUGAGAAAAUGGAAUUUCUAAAUAACUUUAUUACAUCUAAUAAACUGCAUUCGCAAGUCAAGACUUUAAAUUAUGGAAGACGACUGGAAUUAUCAGAACGCUCACCAAGAAGAAGGCAAAUGGGGAAUCUUAUUUAUCAAUACAAUUCUUAUGCGGUUAUUGAAUCAACUAUACUAAGAUUGGCUAAACAACACCCAGACUUAAUUCAAGUGCAAAAUCUGGGCAACACUUAUCAAGGCAAAAGAAUGAAUCUUGUCAAGAUAUCAAAAAACUUUAAAGCGAGAAAUCCAAUUAUUUUCAUCGACGCAGGUAUCCAUGCCCGUGAAUGGGUAGCUCCUGCAAUGGCUUUAUAUCUCAUAAACCGGCUUGUUAACGAUCCUGAAGCCCGGAAUAGAGAGUUGAAUGGCAUCGAUUGGUACAUUCUGCCCGUGGUCAACCCUGACGGAUAUGAAUUCACGCGCUCCGCCCCAGAGAAUCGUCUAUGGAGGAAAACUAUGUCUCUUAAUCAAGGUUGUUUAGGAGUGGAUGGCAAUCGCAAUUAUGGUUUCAAAUGGGCAGUGAGUGGCGUCUCUAGGGAUCCCUGCAACCGAGAGACCUACGCAGGGCCAAAACCGUUCUCCGAACCAGAAACAAGAUACGUUGGAAAUAUCAUGAUGGACAACAAAGAUCGAAUUAAAUUGUACGUUUCCUUACACUCGUAUGGACAGUAUCUUGUUUACCCAUGGGGUUACACAGACAAGGCAGUGCCUCUGACGUGGAAAAAGUUGGACACUUUGGCGCAUAAAGUGUCUAACGCUGUGCAAAGAGCUGGUGGCAUGGCAUUUAAAGUAAUGAUGGCCGGGAAAUGGUAUCCAGCCGCUGGAGGCAGCGAUGAUUACGCUUUUGGCGCAGCAGGCGUGCCUUACUCGUACACUAUGGAGUUAACUGACGAUCAUGAGUUUUUAUAUCCAGAAGAAUUGUUAAUAAAUACAUUACCAAAGUUUUAUCAUGGCUUCAGAGCAAUGGCUGAUCAUAUCCGAGAAGAGUUCAGUAGGAAAUAAACAAAGUGUGUAAGUGAAAUUAAUUAAAUGUGAAGACUGACAUAAUUUCCAGAACAUGGUGUAUUUUGAUAAUAGUAUGCUUAAGCCGCAUAACUAUUAUGUUAUGUAAUUAUAAUUAUACUUAAUUGUUUAUUUCAGUCCGUAGGUCAUAGUAGACAAAUGCUAUUCAUACUUUUGAAACAUCAAAUGAUUUUUAGAAAAGUAAAUAAAAACCAAAUAAUUCAAAUAUCACACAAAAAUAAAUCAGAUGUACUUUAAAAAAAAUUGUGCA